AUGUCGAGCGCAACGCCAGGACCCAUUCCUAUCGUAAGGGCAGGAGAUAAUGGACAAGUGAGUGCGAGUGAGGGCACUCCUCUUGCUCGCCAAGGCAGCUCCGGUAGCUACCUGGGACUGAGCACCAGCCUGGGUGGCGGUAGCUUUAAGGAGGCUAUGGCACUGUCGUUUGGCAAAGAUGUGGCCGACUUCCUCGAGUACUCACUAGGACACUUCUCGUCGUCGACAGACUCGGAUGCGACGACGAUUGCAACACCCUCAUCAGUCCGCCUUGAGUCCACAUUUUGCCGCAAUUUUUCGUGCUGUGGCCGUGCAUUGGAUGAUUUACAUGACCUGCUCCAGCACUAUGAGGAAUGUCACGUCCGCUUCGAAGAUGACGAAAUCGCAAGUAUGAUCACGGAUGAGGAACUGGAGACCUCUAGUUUGGCCUCCGACGGAGAAGCCGGAACCGAAAUAAGCUCGUCUGCGAGCAUUAAGUCUCUGGAUUCGACAGAAGAGGAGGCCGCGCUUAAGAGAGGGCGCUCCUUGACGAAGGCCGGUACGCCAAUGGUGUCCCCAGCCGACGAAAAUUUGGAAUUCCCCAGCGCAUUUGAAACGGCAAUCAUGCGCUCACCAUCCGGAGCCCGCGGGAAAAAGCGCACAUUCGGUCAGCAUGCCAAUGGCUCGACAGCCAACCCACUUUUCCGCGCCUUGGUGGAGAAUGGGGGGCGGCACCCGCUAGGCAUGUCGAAUGCCUUUGCCUCUCCUUUUUCCAGUCCGAGCAGCUCUCGCGCGGGUACACCCACGCUGGAUUCUGAGAAUGAGGCCUUUUUCGGGUCAACCACGCAGACCAGUAUAUUCUCGAACCUGUCGAUUCGUCCGUCGGCAGCUGAGGAGCAGUUGCCUUCGUGCGCACCUCCUAAUCUAUUCUUUCCCUCUGCAGCUGCCUCUCAGCGACCGUCAAAGCGUGAGCGCUUUACUGCUACAGCAGGUAAUACUUCUGCCAACACGCCGGCUUCUCCCGCCGCAUCUACGGCGAAUGUUUCGUCUGCAGCGGACAAUACAGCGGAGCACCGACCUUACAAGUGCCCUGCACCUGGUUGUGACAAGGCUUAUAAGCAAAUGAACGGUCUCAAAUACCACCGCUUGCAUGGUCACUGUAACCAGAAUCUUCGCAAUGUCAACGGUGUCGCGGCUAGUACAAGUUUGGAUGCUGUCGAGGCAGCCAAUAAACCUGUGACGCCUGAGAAGGGUGCCGCGUCAACUAGCGAAUCGAAGCCUGAUUCAUCCGCUCUGGGCAGUGCAUUCCCGCCGUUAGGCGCCGAAGAUGCAGCGAACAAAGGCCCGAAGGGUCCUGACACGCCUAGUAAAUCUAACAAUAAUGUGCCACCCGAAAAGAUGUAUGUGUGCCAGGUGGGAAAUUGCGAUAAGCGUUACAAAAAUUUGAAUGGUCUCCGAUAUCAUUACCUGCACUCGGGUUCGCAUGGACUCCUGGGGCUUCAGCUGUUGCAUGCAAACGGAGGCGGCGCUAGUGCCAAGGCGGACAGUGUCAGCGGACGACCGCCCGUAUCCACGGACACAUUGACCCGUGAGCAGAUUGUACAGGCCGCUGCUGCCGCACAGGCCCUGCUGAACCAGCAAAAUGGCACCAAUUGUAUCAAAAAUCAAGGAACGACGAACCCCAAUUUAUCCGCGUCUGCUUUCCUGGCGUCAAUUUCUCACAAUCCUAUGUCAAUGACAAACUCAGCGAAGCCUGCCUGA